AUAACAUUAAAUAUUAUGACCUACUACCACACUGGCUGCUGCCUGCGUCGGUUCCGUUCUGUGGCUUCUGGCUCAGUGUUCGCACUGUACACGCGUCGUUUCUGUUCUGUUCUGAGGCUUCGGUGGCUUCGGCGGCUGUUCCGUUCCGGCUCAGUGUGCGGCGAGCUUAAUACCUCUCCUGAAGAAAAUCGACCCCAAUAUUUUCCUCCUAAAGAAAAACGACCCCAAUAUUUUCCACCUGAAGAUAAACGACCCCUGCUUGUUUGUGUUUCCAAUCUUCAGAUGCCUGGAGAAAGUCAUUCCGAUGUGCCAGCAGCCGUGCCUCUGCAGAUUGCAGUGCAAUCUGCUUCUCUCUCGUGCGUUAAUGGCCAUUCCACAGGUGAAUCAGAGCAACCGAAGGCCUUGAAUUGCCUUGAAUGCAAGAAACCAGCCACCAUUGUAUGUGGUGGGUGCUGGCAAGCUGGGUUCUGUGCUAGAGAUCACCAGCUGGAAGGAUGGGUAAAACAUAAGCCUAAAUGUCGUCCAUGGCGUGUUGCCAGUUCAGAUGAUCUAGGGCGUUUCAUGGUUGCUACCAGAGAUAUCACCCCUGGGGAAUUACUGAUUCAGGAUCCUCCUCUACUCUUGGGACCCAAGAUGAUUACAGAACCAGUGUGCCUGGGGUGCUAUCGCCCUGUGGAUGGCAGUUACCAGUGCAAAGGCUGUGGUUUUCCAAUGUGUGAUUCUCAAUGUGAAAAAUCAGAGGACCAUAAAGCCGAGUGUAAUUCAGUAAUAGAAUCAGGUGCUGCUGUAAAAGUUUCUGUGUUUGGAGAAAUUAACAGCAUGUAUGAAUGCAUCACCCCAUUAAGAAUCAUGCGCCUCCGAGAUGAGAACCCAAUGGUAUGGAACAAGUUGUUAGCGCUUGAGAGCCAUUCUGACAAGCGUGAUGGAACUGCUGUUGCAGCGAUCACGCAGCAAACAGUUGUAGAUAUCAUUCACAACCGCUUGAGAAUGGAGGACUUUGAUGCUGCACUUAUUCAAAAAAUCUUGGGCAUUAUAGACACAAAUGCAUUUGAGAUUCGAUUGCCUGAUUCUAGCAUUUUAGGUGUAUUUUCCCAGGCCUCUUUGCUGGAGCAUGAUUGUAUUGCGAACACUCACCGUACUUUUGAUGCAGAUCUCAAUCUGGUGGUGAGAGCAGCAAUCCCCAUCAAGAGAGGGGAUCACCUUACAUCAUGUUACACAGAUCCGCUAACAACAACCUCAGCAAGACUGGAACAUCUCCGUUCAUCCAAAUACUUCACCUGCCAUUGUGUUCGUUGUGUUGACCCCACAGAGCUAAGAACUUUUACAUCAGCACUAAAAUGUUCGGACUGCGCGAAAAAGCGAGCAGAACAAAUGAAGAAGAACCAGUCAGGACCACCAGGCAGGGGCCGUGGUAGAGGUCGUGGUGGUCCUAUGAGGGGAAUGGGACCCGGAAGAAGCCAGGGAGGACCAGCAGAGGAGCCUGAAAUUGAGCCCUACAUUGUUCCACAAGACCCUCUUUCUCCAUCCUCCAUCUGGAAAUGUCUCUCAUGUGGAGAUACUACCACAGACGACUACCCAGACAGAAUCACCAGUGUGGUGGGGGAAGAGGCGGAGGAGCUUGAAGCAGCACCCACAGUGGAUACAUGUGAAGCAUUCCUGGACAAAUGGAGAGAUACUUUCCACUCAGAUCACGCUAUUCUGCUCAAUAUUAAAUAUGUAUUGCUGAACUUGUACGGUUCAGAGGAAGGAUAUGAACUAGAGAGUCUCACUCCCAUCCAGCUGGCCAGAAAGGAGGAACUUUGUCAACAGGUGUUGAAUGUUGCAGAUCUUUUAAUACCAGGAAUAUCUCGGUUGCGUGGGUCAGUUCUUUACGAAUUAUAUCAGUCCAAGUUCUACAAGGCAGGCGCUCUCUUUAAAGUUGGGGCAAUCUCCAACGACCAGGCGAAGAAAUUAGCCAGUGAAGCGAUGACAGCCCUGAAGGAAUGCGCUAGGGUUCUGAGCUACGAGCCCGAGGUCCAGCCAGAGGGUCAGCUCGGCCUCGAGGCCAAGGACGAGAUCGGCCAGCUGGAGGAAUGGACUGAGAACGAAGGAUGGAAGCUCUGAGAGUUCUCCAGGACGAAUGGGAUACUACAGCAGGAUACAUUUACAGAAGAACCGAGAGCUAUUUCGGUGAUUUAAGUUAAUGAAGACGGCUCCUUUUGAGUCGUUACCAUUCAUAGGUUUUUUGUCUUAUUUUCUUUUUUUUAAAUAGAUUUAGAGAAGGAUACCCACAAGGGUCUGUACUGUCGCUUCUGAACGUUGUGUACUGACAGUAAGCUUGUAUGGUUAUGUAGGGUAUAUUAUAAAUAGUGUAACACUUUUCGACAUGGAUCUUCUCUCUCUCUCUCUCUCUCUCUCUCUCUCUCUCUCUCUUAUUUGAUUUCAUAUCAUCUAUGUGAAAAGCACUCACAGUACUGUUACUGUUGAUUAGUACCGUUAAUGCUCAUCUGUUUUAUACUUACGAGUUUUCCUCACGAAUAACUUUUCUUGAGAAGUAGCCAUUGACAGACACAUUCUUCUAGUCUUGUCUUUUCUUAGCGCUUCGAUAUUCAUCCCAUUUAAUGGAAACUAAGUUUAGCCUCUUAUUCUGUCUAUAGUCAGGGUCCAAACUCUUCGCCUAUUUAUAAUUUGAAUAAAAUUAUGGUGAGUUUUAAAACGAAUAUGUAAUUUUUCCUUUCUGCUAUUUUUCUUUGGGCAUAGAUGCCACGAAGUGAUAGAUUCUCUUCUACCUUCGUUAUUUACUUAUUCAAAUUUAUAACGCUGUUGCAUAAGUACCUGCUUUUGCCUUCAGUCAUUGUCUGUGUCUCUCUAUAUCUUUCCCUCUUUCAUUUGCAGCCGUCCCUCCU